CUUUCAAGAAGGCAAAGUAAAGAACACCGACAAAAUGGAGAUUCGCGGGAAAUCGUGGAUGGGAUCCAUGCUGCUGGGCCUGCUCGUCGUGGCGUUCAUCGCCGGCGAGGUGGAGGCGUGGACCGGUGCAGUCCGUGGGAGGGUUGUCUGUGAUGUCUGUGGCGAUUCUUUCAUCGGACCUGAAGAUCACGCCUUGGAAGGUGCCGAGGUUGCUGUUCUCUGCCUAACAAAGUCCGGGGAGGUUGUAAACUAUCAGGCCUUCACCAACGCAAAGGGCGCCUACACGGUGGCAGAGACAAUGCCGGAGAGUGAUCGAUGGGAUUCAUGCUUGGUGAGGCCAAUCAGCAGCUUCGACCAACACUGCACUCGACGGGGAGACAUUCGAAAAGGGAUCAAGUUCAACUAUGAUCUUCCAUCUGGACAAUCUCAUACCAUGAAACCAUUCCUCUACAGACCUGCUUCUGUCCCCACAUAUUGUGCCUAAAGCCUUAAAAAUCCUCUCCUCACUUUUACAUUGUGACAAUUGUGAAGGAUUCUGUGAAUAAGGCCUUGAUUGGUUUAUAUUUUGUUUGAA